AUGCCUAAUUUCCACAACGACAUUGCGGAGUUUGUUGGCUUCCUGAAGGUCGACGGCUCUUCCAACGCCACCCAUCCCGGGAUCUUUCACACUUCUCCCGGCGCUGCUCCACUUGACACAAACCUCAAGAUCUCACAGUCCGGAUCGUCCACCGGUGGUCGCCUGCGCCUGCGCCCACGCAUCUCGUUCUCUCGUACCGACGGCGUUGCCCUGUACGAUGACGAGCGCGAGGUCAUCGAGAUCCAGAUGGGACUCGUACUCACCGGGACGGACGCUUACGCAGAAGUCAACAAGUUGCUGCAGACAGAGAAAGCGGACGAGGACAUCAGGAAGAUCAUGGAUACCUACUCGGGGACUCUGGAUUUCUCCAACACAGACAAGAAAGUCAAGGGGACGCUGGCGAGAUUGAGCAAGAUUGCGGGAGGGGAUCUCCGCGAGUCCUUGUCCGGCCAAGGAGACACAUUUGCCUCCCGUACGGUGUGUAUCAGCAAAGACGGCAAGGACACCAAGAUCAUCGACAUCAAUCCUCAGUGGCCGGCGCCCACCGAGCAGGCGUCCAACGAGGCGGCGUCGUCCGAGGGUGGCGGCGAGGGCGAGAAGAAGGGGUGGGUUGCGACUAUUUUUGGUGGAGGCGCGAGCAAAAAUACCGAAAUUUAUUGGCUGUAUCGCAAAUGCACUCACUGUCUUCAGACGUCGACUGGUCAUCUGAACAUCGUUGAUUCUGGGAAAGAAACGGUGUACUGCUGCUCCGGUCGUACUAACACGCUAGGUGCCAGCUUCACCGCUGGCUCACAUAGCGGCUUGAAUCAUCAGGAGCCUACUUUGCCACCCGCGAUACUGGUCACUCGGAGGGGGGUCGUCCCUCGCGAUAAGCCUCGAUUUGACCCCCAAGAUUGGUCCGUUCUCUGGCCGUGGAGUGGCGACUGCGCAAUGAACAAAAGAAAUCAAGCUGAUACGUGUGAGAGCACCAACUUCGACUACCGAUCACGCCAUCCUACUCCCCCAGAUCCAGGAGCCGAGCACGAGUAA